ACUACAAUCAAGGGAGUAGAGGGCAACAAAGUACACCUUCCUUGUGACAUCCAUUCCGCCGACGACGACAAUGUCAGCAUGGUGCUCUGGUACAAGGAGGGCGCUGGGGAGCCGAUCUACAGCUUCGACGUUCGCAAUCGUCGACAGUUCAACAAUGCUCGCCUCUGGUCGUCGCCGACGGCACUGGGACCAAGAGCAUUUUUUAUCACGGCGUCCAAUCCUGCUCACCUCAGCAUCGAUCGGCUGGAGACCAAGGACGAAGGGAUCUAUAGGUGUCGAGUGGACUUCAGGAACUCACCGACGAGAAAGCAGAAGAUGAAUCUGACUGUUAUAGUGCCUCCGCCGAAGCCUGUGAUACUGGACGGGACGACGAGGAACAUCUCGGGGUUAGAGCAACGGUACAACGAGGGUAGUGACGUGAACCUGAUUUGCGAGGUACAAGGUGGCAGGCCGCCCCCGAAGCUGACGUGGUACCUCGAGAACACCGUGAUAGACGAGUCCUAUCACUACAAGCCCGAGUCUCGCCUCACGGUUAACCACUUGUCCUACCCUAAAGUUGGGAGGCAACACCUGAAGGCUCGGCUGAUCUGCGAGGCUAGCAACACCAACUUGGUCCCGCCGAAGACUAUACUGGUCAUCCUCGACGUGAAUCUAAAGCCACUGGUCGUGCAGAUUUUGACGAAGGAGCCUCGAGUUUCCGCUGGCAAGAACUACGACGUCGAGUGCAGGACGAGUGGUUCUAGGCCAGAAGCAGAAAUUACUUGGUGGAAGGGGAUCAAGCAGAUUAAGAAAAUGGUGCAAAACUACGCGCUGGAAAAUAAUCAGAGCCUCAGUAUCCUGAGUUUCGUGCCAAGCAUCGACGACGAUGGCCAAUACCUAACCUGCCGGGCGGUGAACCCGGCCAUCCCUCUCAGCGCCCUGGAGGACAACUGGAGGCUGGACGUGCAGUAUCAGCCGGUGGUGACCCUGAAGAUGGGCAAGACCUUGAAUCCGGACGAUAUCAAAGAGGGUGACGACGUCUACUUCGAGUGCUCCGUCAGGGCUAAUCCCAAAGUGCACAAGCUCGCCUGGUUCAAAGACGGCAAAGAGCUUAAAAACAAUGCCACGGCAGGUAUCGUCCUCAGCGAUCAUUCUCUGGUUCUUCAGCGUAUAACCCGAUACUCGGCGGGUGAUUACACUUGUCUUGUUGCCAACAGCGAAGGGAAAACUGCCAGUAACCCGGUGACUCUUCAAAUAAUGUACACGCCAGUGUGCAAAGAGGGCAAGAGCGAGGUGGUGGUCGGCGCGCUGAAGCAAGAGACCGUAUCUUUGGUCUGUUCCGUGGAGAGUCAUCCGGCACCGUUGAUUUUCCACUGGACAUUCAAUAAUUCCGGGGAGCUUGUGGAGGUCCCUCAUUCUCGUUACUCUCACGCGGCAGCGGUCGGGACCCCGUCAGUCGCCGAAAGCCUGAAGGAGUACCAACAAUUCCACGGGUCCAGGCUGAACUACACACCCGCAACGGAAAUGGACUACGGCACGGUGGCGUGCUGGGCGAGCAACCAGGUUGGCAAGCAACGGACGCCAUGCCUCUUUCAGGUGAUAGCCGCAGGACGUCCGUACGCUUUGCACAACUGCAGCACGACGGAAAUGUCGGCGCCUUUGGACGCUGAGGAGUUGACCGCCAAGUCCGGAACAGGACUGAUAGUCCGCUGCCUAGAGGGCUACGACGGUGGGCUUCCGAUCUCCGGCUACCAGCUGGAGGUGGUCGCGGACGAGGAUGGCGGGCCUAUCUUGCUGAACAAGACCGUUCAGGCCAGCCCAGGCGGGCCUACUUUCGAGGUGGCAGGCCUAACGACAGGAAGGAGUUAUCGACUUUUUCUGUACGCGAUUAAUGCAAAGGGGAGGAGCGAGCCUGCCAUUCUCGAGCCAGUGACCCUGAAGGGUGUCGCCAUGUACACGACCGGGAACACGGACGCGUCGAUGCUGAGCCCGUUGCUGCUGGGCCUGGCGGCAACAGCGACCCUUUUGGCCCUGGCCGUAGCCGGGAUCCUGGCGGCGCUCUACCGGAAGCACUCGAACGGCCGGCCCGGAAGUCCAAAGCACGCUCCCAUCGUGUGCGAGCCACCUAAUGCAGGUGCAACUACUCCGGUACACCCCCAGACCAAGCAGGCGGUCGAUGACAUCGAUCCGGACAUCAUACCCAACGAGUAUGAGAGAAGACCUCUAACGUACACCCCGAUAUAUAAGACACCGCCGCAACGGAGAAAGAAGGAUCGAGUCGUGGACGAGGCGAUCUCGCCUGAGAAAAGGCCGAUCGUGCAGCACGGCCUGGAUCUACCCCCGGACCCGAUGUUGACCGACUGUCUACCAACCCCGACCAUAAAUUAUCCCCAGAACCACGUGUCCCAGGCGAACGCUUACAGCAAUCCACCCACAAUGGCGGACUUCAAGCAGAUGGCUUACAAUCAGCGAAACAACCAAAACGUGUACUACAGUCUCCAGAGGUCAGGCAAGGGCCUGGGGUCGAUGCCGCAGAGGCCAGUCUCCUCGUCGGUGUCGGCGCAGGGGAAGUUCCAUCAGCCGGAAGUGGUGACGCGCUCGAAUCGAAUACAAGAGAGUUGUAUAUAA